CCUGUAGUGGGUGCGCGCCAGUUGGCGCGAGAACAGCGACGACAGUGAAAAGACUUUAAGGCCAUCAUCACCGUCAUCAUACUCGUCAAAGGAAGCAUCGGCACACACAGCAGCCAUGGGCGGCGCCUUCAGGAAGGAAAUCCCGGACCCGCGGACGGGGCUGACGGAGCGCGAGCGGGCCGCCAUAUUGCAGACGUGGAAGCGCUUCCAGGCCGCGCACAAGGACUACGGAGAGCUCAUCUUCCUGGCGAUGUUCGAGCGCCACCCGGACUACAUCGAGCUGUUCCGCCACUUCCGGGGCAAGACCCUGGCCCAGCUGCCCGGCGAGGCCCAGUUCCGCGCGCACGCGUGCGCUGUCGGCUACCAGCUCAGCUCCAUGGUGGACAGCGUCAACGACUCGGUGCUCCUCGAGGCGCUCAUCCGCAAGAACGCCAUCUCGCACCUCGAGAGGCAGGGCGUCCACCCCUUCCACUUCCAGUCCCUGGGCAUGGCGGCCAUCGAGGCCAUGAAAGAGAAGGAUGAAAGGGGCAUGAACUUUAUAGCGAUCUGCGCCUGGGAGAAGUUGUUCACGUUCUUGCUGUCCGUGACCGUGAAGGUGUACGAGGAGUGUCCCGCGAGCGCGACCGCUCCUAGGAAGGACAGCGCGCCCGGGCCUUCGGCCGACCUGCCUGCCGAAGCGACGGGGUCUCCCCGCGGAGCCUCUCCGCCGGGCGGCGGCGGGCAGCAUCGCAAGAGCAAGAAGCGCUCUUCGUCCACCGCGGAGCCUGCGUCGCCGGCCAAGAACUAAACGAGUGGCGCGUCUCGAGGCGAUUCACGAGCAAGGAGGCCGGCCAACGCCGCACGAGCAGUGCGCGUGGUCCCGUAGUGGACGACGGAUCGCCUCGAGUCACGUGACUGCCCCAAAGUUGGAUUUGCAAGGCGCGCGCGGCGCGGCUCAAGCCAAGCACGAGACUGCAAUGCGGCCCAACCCCCGGACAGUUCUCGCAUUUCCCGGGUACGUGUGUGCCGGAAGACACGCUUUCGCCGUCGCCAGGCUGCGGGAGAGUUGCACCUGUGCCUCGACGAAUACGCUGCGAUAGCCGAGUAUGGGAAUGAAUAAAUGUAUCCGAUGCUCUG